CUCCCUCAUGUUGCAACCCUGCGGCGCCCCUUCGACGACGGGCUGUGCGCGGUCUGCACGGCGCUCCGCGGCGGAGCUUCAUGUGGGGCUGCGGCCCGCGCCUCGCUGAGGGAACGGACCCCUGGUAACCGGAGACCGCCUCCCCUCCACCCCCGGCGCCAAAGGAUAUCGUAUGUUCAGGUCCAAACGCUCGGGGCUGGUGCGGCGACUUUGGCGAAGUCGUGUGGUCCCCGACCGGGAGGAAGGCGGCGGCGGCGGCGGCGGCGGCGACGAGGAUGGGGGCUUUGGCAGCCGAGCUGAGCCGGCCCCGCGGGCACGAGAGGGCGGAGGCUGCGGCCGCCCCGAAGUCCGCCCGGUAGCCCCGCGGCGGCCCCGGGACGCGGUGGGACAGCGAGGCGCCCAGAGCGCGGGCAGGCGCCGGCGCGCAGGGGGCCCCCAGAGGCCCGUGUCGGAGCCGGGGGCCGGCGCUGGGGGCUCCCUGCUGGACGUGGCGGAGCCGGGCGGCCCGGGCUGGCUGCCCGAGAGCGACUGCGAGACGGUGACCUGCUGUCUCUUCUCGGAGCGGGACGCCGCCGGCGCGCCGCGGGACGCCGGGGACCCCCUGGCCGGGGCGGCGCUGGAGCCGGCGGGCGGCGGGCGGAGCCGCGAAGCGCGCUCGCGGCUGCUGCUGCUCGAGCAGGAACUCAAGACGGUCACGUACUCGCUGCUGAAGCGGCUCAAGGAGCGCUCGCUGGACACGCUGCUGGAGGCGGUGGAGUCCCGCGGCGGCGUGCCGGGCGGCUGCGUGCUGGUGCCGCGCGCCGACCUCCGCCUGGGCGGCCAGCCCGCGCCGCCGCAGCUGCUGCUCGGCCGCCUCUUCCGCUGGCCCGACCUGCAGCACGCCGUGGAGCUGAAGCCCCUGUGCGGCUGCCACAGCUUCGCCGCUGCCGCCGACGGCCCCACCGUGUGCUGCAACCCCUACCACUUCAGCCGGCUCUGCGGGCCAGAAUCUCCACCACCCCCCUACUCUCGGCUGUCUCCUCGUGACGAGUACAAGCCACUGGAUCUGUCUGAUUCCACAUUGUCUUACACUGAAACCGAGGCCACCAACUCCCUCAUCACUGCGCCCGGUGAAUUCUCAGACGCCAGCAUGUCCCCGGACGCCACCAAGCCGAGCCACUGGUGCAGCGUGGCGUACUGGGAGCACCGCACGCGCGUGGGCCGCCUCUACGCCGUGUACGACCAGGCCGUGAGCAUCUUCUACGACCUACCUCAGGGCAGCGGCUUCUGCCUAGGCCAGCUCAACCUGGAGCGGCGUAGCGAGUCGGUGCGGCGCACGCGCAGCAAGAUCGGCUUCGGCAUCGUGCUCAGCAAGGAGCCCGACGGCGUGUGGGCCUACAACCGCGGCGAGCACCCCAUCUUCGUCAACUCCCCGACGCUGGACGCGCCGGGCGGCCGCGCCCUGGUCGUCCGCAAGGUGCCGCCCGGCUACUCCAUCAAGGUAUUCGACUUCGAGCGCUCGGGCCUGCGGCAGCAGGCGCCCGAGGCGGACGCGGCCGAUGGCCCCUACGACCCCAACAGCGUGCGCAUCAGCUUCGCCAAGGGCUGGGGGCCCUGCUACUCGCGGCAGUUCAUCACCUCCUGCCCCUGCUGGCUCGAGAUCCUGCUCAACAACCAGAGAUAGCGGCGGCCGCCGCGGGCCCCCGCAGACGCAGCCCCCCCCCCCACGGACCCCUCCCCCACCCCCAUAUCAUCUACCUAGAUUUAAUAUAAAGUUUUAUAUAUUAUAUGGAAAUAUAUAUUAUACUUGUAAUUAUGGAGUCAUUUUUACAAUGUAAUUAUUUAUGUAUGGUGCAAUGUGUGUAUAUGGACAAAACAAGAAAGACGCACUUUGGCUUAUAAUACUUUGAAUACAGAUAUAUUUUCUUUCUUUUCCUCCUUCUUCCUCUUUUUUUUUUUUUUUUUAAAGAAAAUGAUAACAGCAGAGCUGGGUGGAAAAGCCUGGGUUUGAUCUAUGGUUUUUGAAAUCUUAAUUCCCAGACAAAAAGCUAAUACCAGUCACUCGUUGAUAAUAAAGUAUUUGCAUUAUA